CUCGACAAUUCCUUUCCCUCCACGUUCGCUACCGCACACCCACGACACAGUCCGACAUGGCGACGGACCAGAUCCCCGUCCCCAAGCCGGGCGAGGGCGAGCCGAUUGUGUUUUUCGACGUCCAGAUCGGCGGCGAACCACUAGGGCGCAUCAAGAUGCACCUCUUCUCCAACACGGUGCCCAAGACGGCCGAGAACUUCCGCCAGUUCUGCACGGGGGAGCACAAAGGGAUGGGCGCCAAGCCGAUGGGGUACAAAGGCAGCAAGUUCCACCGCGUGAUCAAGAACUUCAUGAUCCAAGGCGGCGACUUCCUGCACUCGGACGGCACGGGCAGCACGAGCAUCUACAACAACGCGGCCUUCGCCGACGAGUCCUUCGCCAUCAAGCACACGCGGCCCGGCAUGCUCUCGAUGGCCAACUCCGGGCCCAACACCAACGGGUGCCAGUUCUUCAUCACCUGCGCGCCCGCCCCCUGGCUGGACAACAAGCACGUCGUCUUCGGCCAGGUCGCCGACGAGGAGAGCCUCAAGGUCGUGCGCAUGAUUGAGAACACGAGGACCGCGGGGCCCGGGGGCAGGGGCCAGGGCGAGAGGCCCGUCCUGGACGUCAGGAUCGUGCAGUGCGGCGAGAUGUAGGUGGAGAACAAAAUCGCCCCGAAAAGGGGGAGUGGAGGGGUAUGGGCACGGAGAGAAGGGGAGGGCGGGAGUCAUGGACGAAAGCUGAGGAAUGUCGUGCCUCGGGCUUGGAAAUGGCGUUUGGGGGGAAGUGGGAGGGAACUCGAGCAGGGAGAAUCAGGACGUGAGCUAGUCUGUCCUAUACAAAGGGGCUUGGGACAAGUCAUAUCAUAUCGUAUCGAGUGGCCUGGUCACUGCAGUGAUAUCAAGGCACCAUCGAGAGGGAGUUAGAGAAUAGUUAGUCGGUGGUCACCCGAAAGGUUCACUCCUCAAAGGC